AAAUUGGGUGGUUUCAUUUUUCAGCUCAUUUAAAUAUUUUACUCAAAAAAAUAAAUUUGGUGGAAUCAAUUUCCUGUGUCCUCUCACAUGCAAUUUUAAAACCCAUUAUACAGAAAGAAACACACCACCACCACCAGUCUCUCUCUCUCUCUCUCUCUCUCUCUGUCUAUAUAUAUAUAUAUACAUGUCAUAUGUAUAUUCUCUCUCUAAGUUGCCUUUCCAGGAAAUCGACGAUGCUGAUGCUGAUGCUGUUGUGUUUUACAAGCUUUACAAUCUCGGAGUAUUUUAAUAUAUUUUGGAGCACUAAUUUAAACAUAAAUCCCCAGCAAAUGGGGGUUUUGCAAAGAACCCCCUUUGAAAUACAAUCUCUCUGCGCUUUAAUGGCGCGCCUUCUACUUCUCUCUCUCUCUCUCUCUCGCUCUCUACUUCUAUUGUGUCUCUCUCUCUCAUCCUUCGUGCCAAAAAUUCUACUUACUUGCUGCUCACUGUUUAUAAAACCCUAACGCUUCAAAACCCUAGAGACUUGCGUCAACCCUUUUUUUAAUUUGCAGUUUCGUAUGACUUCCAUAACUGUCCUUGACUUCUCUGAGGAUUUGAAGGCUUUGAAGGUGUUUUGAGUCUGAUCAAUGGUUAAGGGGAAAGAGAGAGAGAGAGAGACUGAGGAUGAAGAAGAGACAGAACGUUUCGAUGAAUAUUGCUACAGUAUGAGCAAGAAUGGUGAGCUUUAUAAAGGCUGUUGGGUCAGUUCUGGUAGUCCAUCACUGGAAAAGAUGAAGACUUGCAAGACUACUAUGGGAACAGGCCCGAACUGGCUUGGAUUUUCUUCCUGUGAUGGUAGUGAUGAUGGUACAUCAGGUACGGAACCUCAGGAUGCAGAUUACUCUUACAUUCCCUCACUUGAUUAUGAGUUAGAGAGCCAGAUCUUGGCUAGGAUUCCUAGGUCAGAAUAUUGGAAGUUAUGCCUUGUGAACAGAAGGUGUUUAACUCUUUUGAAGAGUGGUGAGUUAUUUAAGAUUAGGAGAGAACUCGGAGUCAGAGAAUCAUCUGUUCUCAUGGCACCGAUAGGGGAGAACAGUUGGUGGGCAUAUGAUAAGGAAUUCAAGACUCGGAGAAAGCUGCCAAAUUUACAAACAGAUUUUUGUUUUGUAUCUGGAGAUAAAGAAUCGUUUUGUGCAGGGACCCAUUUGCUUGUUUCAGGAAGAGAGGUUGAUGGGCUUGUCACUUGGAGGUAUGAAUUGGCAAUGAACAGAUGGUACAAGGGUCCUUCGAUGAUCACCCCAAGGUGCUUGUUUGCAUCUGCUACGUGUGGUACAUUUGCUUUUAUAGCCGGUGGGGUUGGGAUAGAGCCAAACAGUGAAGUCUAUGAUACUGCUGAGAAAUAUAAUCCAGAGACAAAAUCUUGGGAACCCCUUCAAAGGAUGAAGAGGAAGAGGAAGCUUUGCUCAGGGUGUUACAUGGACAACAAGUUCUAUGUGAUUGGUGGGCGAAACGCAGAUGGCGAACUCACCUGUGGAGAAUUUUUUGAUGAAGGUAUGAACAGGUGGAACUUAAUCCCUGACAUGUUGAAAGAUGAUCCGGUUUUAAGUUCUCAUUCACCGCCUCUUGUUGCUGUUGUGAAUAAUGAGCUCUACUCACUCGAAACUUCUUCCAAUCAGCUUAAGGUCUAUGUGAAGAGUAGCAAUACGUGGAAGCAGUUGGGUCCAGUCCCGGUGAGAGCUGAUUUCAAUAAAGGAUGGGGUGUUGCAUUCAAGUCUUUGGGCAAUGAGCUGCUUGUAAUAGGUGCACCCUCUGACUCUGGUGCUGGUAAUUGUAUGGCAAUUUACACUUGCUGCCCUGAUCUUGAUGCCAACGAAUUGCGAUGGAGGCUGGUUAACAGAAACAGAAAUCAAAUUGGUCACUUCAUUCUCAACUGUUCUGUUAUGGUUGCUUAAGGACAUUACUCUCUGUCAUCUCUGGAGUUGCCUGAUUAGAGUUUCUGAAUAAAAACCCCAAAUUGACAAACUAAGGGAAUCGGUGUAACUAAAUGCUUCCAUGUAGUUCCUCCAGAUCAUGUCAUUGCAUCUGGGUAAUUGUUAUCUUUGUCUCCAAUUUAUGCAUUUUCAACUAAUGUAUUCCUCACUAUUUUGUGCAUCGCCCCAGGAGUUAGGGGCCUGUUUCUGAUUCUCUUGUUAUUCUGUGUACUUUCUGCAAAGAAGUUCUAGCUUGUCCACAGUGCUUAGACUUAGAGCUCUGGUUCUGGUUCUUGUGCUUGUGAUAUUGUAUUAAGGGUUGCUAUGAUUCCUAUGGACCAAACCUGUUUAAGAUGCUGACAAAAUGGAGUUAAAAAGUUUAGUUA